AUGACGUUCAAGGAUUUGAGGGAUACACAAGGCCUCCGCGUCUUGAUCGUUGGCGCUGGCAUUGGCGGUCUAACCGCUGCCAUUGCAUUGAGACAACAAGGACAUCGUGUGGAAUUGUUUGAACGUUCUCGCUUUGCAAAUGAGGUCGGAGCUGCGAUUCACUUGUCGCCUAAUGCGAAUGGUGUCUUGCGCCGACUGGGGAUUUAUGCGGAGGAAUUCGGUGCUGUAGAGGCAGAACAGCUACGCGAAUACACUCCAGCUGGAGAGGAAGUGCAUGUUACAAACCUCAAGCAACAUGCAGCAAUGUGGAGACAUCGCUGGCUCCUCGUACACCGUGCACACUUCCACGAAGGACUCAAGAAGUUCGCCCAAGCACCAGGGAAAGGAACACCAGCUCUCCUCCACACAGCCAGCAAAGUCGUCGACAUCAACUCUCACGAAGCAACAGUUACCCUGGAAAACGGCGAUGUCAUCAAAGGCGACGUGCUCAUCGGUGCCGAUGGCGUACACUCCCUAACCCGGAGUAAAAUCUCCAAGACACAACCCUUCAGCUCUGGCAAGAAUGCCUUCCGCUUUUUAAUGAGCCGUCAAGAGGCCCUGGAUGACCCAGAAACGAAGAGCAUCGCGCAAGACUUCGGCGCAGUCGAUAUGUGGGACGCCGAAGAGCGACGCGUGGUGAUCUACCCAUGUUCCAACAAUGAAUUGUUGAAUUUCGUCUGUAUACAUCCGGAUACUGAUACGACCAUUGAUACCACCGGUGAUUCCUAUAAUCAGAAUAUUGGAAAAGACGCCUUGUUGGAUGUUUAUAAGCACUUUAACCCGCAGGUGCGCAAGUUGCUGGCCAAGGCUGAUCCGCAGACUUUGAAGUUGUGGCCGUUGCUUGAUAUGGAGACGCUUCCUACGUGGGUUGAGGCACGCUUGGCUAUUCUUGGUGAUGCUGCUCAUCCUUUCUUGCCUUAUCGGGCUUCUGGUGGCGCUAUGGCCAUUGAGGAUGCUGUUUCUUUGGCUGUUGUGCUUCCUGGGGAUAUUGAAAAGGAUCAGGUGGCCGAGAGGUUGAAGGUUUAUGAGAAGGCGAGGUUUGAGCGUGCUACGACUAUUCAGGAGAUGACUCGUCAGUCGAGUAAGCAUAUUUCUCCAGAGGCUGCAAUGGGCAUGGUGGUUUACAUCUACGGCCAUGACGAAUUCGACCACUCCGCCCAAGUCUUGCGCAAGCAUCUCUGGUCCCAGAACCCACACAUGUACUGGCGUCAGCCUAUCGUCUUCGGUCCUAUGCCCGGUCCCCGACAGGACUGGAUGGGCCGUGACAGAGCGCUCAAGUCAACCCAGUCAACCUUCACAACUGCUUCUAUAAAAUUCAAGACCAGCCGCACUCUCCUGCAGAACCUGUUUCCGACUGACCGGUAUAGAUUUAUCUCACCCAGCACUGUGGCCAGAGCGAGUUUCUCGCAGACUACCCUUGGCGGUAUGGACUGGCUGGGCGGCGGUGGAUAUCGCCAUAUUGGACUUUAUAUCCACGGUGUGCAGUAUACCAAGGAAGAUGGUACCGUGCUGAAGGGAACAUAUAUGCCUAUUCUGUUUGAGAAUCUGGCUGAUCCUAUUGUUUCUGGGCGGGAAGAGUUGGGCAUGCCCAAGCUUUAUACUGCUAUCGAUGUUCAUCAGCGGAACGAAUCUUACCGACUACAGACUAGUUGGCAGGGGGCUGUGUGGGGUCAUUUCGAGUUGGAAAGUUUGCAGGAUCAGGAUCCUUCGGCUGAUGCUGGGACUAUUGGGGGCGAGGCUGAUGACGGUAUCCUGGUUCAUCGGUAUAUGCCAAAGAUUGGCAAGGAGUACAAGGGUCAGGCUGAGGCUGAGUAUCCUAUCUUUGUGCCUCAUGCUGCUGAGUCCAAGGUUGUUCCGUCCAGAGUGACGCGGUUGCAGCGGACCAAAAAGGCAAAAGUCGAGAUCCAAGGUCUUGAUUGGGAUGCCUUGCCAACACUUCACCAUGUUGUUUCUCGGCUAGGUGAGAUUCCCGUGGAUGAGAUCAUCGAUGCCAAGGUUGUUAGUGGAGUUGGAGUUCCUGAUGUAUCCUCGGCUAUGCGCAUUGAAUAG